UGCGUCAACUUUCUUCCCUGGAAAUAACAAUACCUCGUUCUAUACUCAAAAAACAAAAUAACAUUCUUCUGUGUCUCAAAUUUUGAACAAGGAAAAAGAAUUCCCACCUCUAUAAGGUAACUAUACUCAACACUGUCUUGUAGCUUUGAUUCCCAAGGACGAAAUUUUGUUGUAUCAUUUGAAAAUGGAUUCAUUCAAUGUUGGAGUAGAAGCAGAUUCUGAAGAUUGUGCUGAGUCUAAGAUGCUCUCUAUAAGUGAUGCACCUUCUGAGGAUGAGAUUGAGAAUAGCAAAAGCAGACAUAGAGAGGCAAAUCAUAAGAUGAAGUUGAGAUCUAUCAGGCUGUCAAGAUUGCCGAGCAUACGAUCAUGUAUGAGAUUAAAAAAAUCUCCCUCCUGUCAAUCUCCAAGCUUGUUAUCUGGUUAUGCUGCAAGCACAGAAGAGUCAACCCCAAUUGUCAUCUCAGAUGCAUCACAAGAACCAAAUUAUAUUAAACCAACGAGCUGUUCCAAUGCAAAGAAUGGGAAUUUUCAGAAACCAUCAAGAAUGUUAUCAAGUCGAUCUACUUUCAAGCCAGUGAAGAGUCCAACUAGAGUAUCUAGUACAAAAUUCAGGAGGCUGUUGAUGAGGGUAUCGUCUAGAGGAAUUGACCAGAAGAACAUCCUGUGGAAGACGAGGUCAAUCAAGAUUGCAAGUAUUGGAAACCCAAGAGCAUCUAGUAGAAAGGAGGAAAAUGCUCAUGAUCAGCCUUCAAUUCUUUUAACAAGUAAGGCAGACACAUCAGAAACAUAUUCAAAGGCACAUCUUCAUUCAAGUCUGAAUAAUCCUGAAUCUAGUAUUCAUAACAAUGAUCAGAAUAGAAGAAAUUCAAAAAUAGCAAAGUCAAAAUCAGAUUCCUCGGCAAGAGUUUUUAAAAGAUCAACAACUCUGAGACCUCAGAGGUUCUUAACAAAAACAGCAAGUCUGAAACCAAAGAGGCCCUCCAAGAAAUGCUCAGAAUUUUCUGAAGAUUUAGACUUGAGUGUUGUCAGAGCUACAUGUUCUUCAACUCUUAAAAAGUUUUCUCCGGUAUUGGGCUGCAAAUGGGAGGAAAUGAAUCUGGAGGAAUCUCAGCUGUGAAAAUUUGUCCAUAUUCAUAUUGUUCUCUUCAUGGUCAUCGACAUGGCAACUUACCUCCAUUGAAGCACUUUGUAUCAAUGUGCAGGCAUUUGUUGAAUACACAGAAGAGCACGAAACCAGACAGUCUCCCUGUUCCAAAGGCAAAGCAUUCUAUUAAUAGGAGGAAAGGAACUAAGACAAAUCAGAUGGUCCAUAAUGGAGGUUCUUUUGAUCAACAAGCUGCCAAAGACAGAAGAGAAAAAUCUUCAGUUACUGAUAAGGCGCUCAAGGUCAAGCUGACAGUAGAAGGCACUCAUUGUAUAGAAGAUAAACAUAUGGAUGUUUCUGAAAAUCUCACUGACAUAUUGAUUGGUAAAACAUCAUGUCACCAAUCAACUUUGGAACAACCAAAAAUCAGUUAACUCUCUGAAGGACAAACCAAGCAUUCAGGUUGGUGUGGUAUCAACAUUUAAGGAAACAAAUGAUGAAUGCUAUAACAAAUCAAUAGAACCUGUUUAUCCGAUUCCUGAAGCCAGUGACGGUAAGAGAUCAGAGGGGCAAAUUGUUGCAUCAGGCACUCACAGUGGAGAAAAUAAACUCAUUGAAACCAUGGGUUCCAGUUUUCCACCAGUCAAGGAUUCCAUUCAAAGUACUCUAUCCUUGCAGUGUGAUGAUAUUGUGAGCACCAGAAAUGAGGGAGGUCCAACAGAUGCAGCAGUGAACCAGAAAGUCAAUGGAGAAACAGUUGCAUGUUUGAACUUGGAAAUGUUCAAAGGUUACUAUUCUGGAUCAGAAAAAGUUCUCGAUGUCACUACAACCAGGGAAGUCGAUGAAGAAAAGAACGAAAAUUCUGAGCUAGACAACUUGGAAAUGUUCAAAGGUUACUACUCCAGAUCAAAAAAGGUUCUUGAUGCCACUACAACCAUGGAAAUUGAUGAAGAAAAGAAUGAAGACUCUGAGCCAGACAGUCAUUUCCAUGAAGGGUUUUCACGAUCUGGUGAUGCAAUACUAAAUUUUACAACUCAUGAAUACCACAAAACCCAAAUAAAAAAGCAAAAGUUUACAGGAUUUUGGGGUCUGAUAUAUCAGCAUAUGGUAUCAAGUAUUGCUACAGAGGUUGAAACCGAGCUACCUCAAGAUGGCAAGGACAAAGAAGAAGAAGAUGAAGAAAACCACAUAUUAUCUCAUAAUGACCCUGUUUCUCACCAGAGUUUUUCUGGAACAGAUUGAGACAUGAAAAUAAGAGAUAGUGAUGCAGGCAACCAGAAAUUUGUGCUCUGGCAGAGUGGCGCCAUUAAGCUAGUACAAGAAGCUUUUGACAAAGUCCUCUCAGAAAUUCCUGACCAGCCAGCUGAUGAUCAAUCAAUAACCAGUGACACUUCAGAACAAGAUUUCUUGGAGAAGAAGCAAGUUGAAGAUAGAAAGGAUGACAUCUCAUGUUCCUUUGAUCGCAGUAAUGAGAGUGUAGUACAGGAUCCAGAAGAAACACAGCUAAAUGUUAUUAAUAGUGAUACCUCUGAAGAAAGGAAAGCAGCAUCACAACUGGGGGGCAAGUCUAGCCGGCAAAUUUCCAAGAACUGGAGCAAUCUGAAAAAAAUAAUUAUUCUUAAGAGAUUUGUCAAGGCACUAGAAAAGUUAAGGAACUUUAAUCCUCAGAAGCCACAAUGUCUACCAGUGAAGCCUGAUUUGGAAACAGAAAAGGUUAGUCUGCGACAUCAAGAUACAGAAGAGAGAAAAAACACUGAAGAAUGGAUGCUUGAUUUUGCACUUAGACAAGUUAUUUCUAAACUAGCUCCAGCCCAGAAGAGAAAAGUAGCUCUGCUUGUGCAAGCUUUUGAAACAGUGUCUCCGCUUCCAGAAACUAGCGCUAAUAUGAGGCCCAAUGCAACUGCUUCUGCUCAGGCAACUCCAGCUCAAGCCACUAGUGAGCAAAAUAAUAAAUUGCUUUCUAGAGCCUCAGAUGCUGAAAUGAGUAUGAGUUUCAAAGACACUCUAGAGCAAGUUGGUGGUUUUUCUUGUGCAAAACAACUCAUUCAAGGGAAAUGUUCUGAGCUGAAAGAAAGAAGUGUACCAUGUGGUGAUAGUAAUACAGUAAUGAGUACAUUGGUUUCUAAUGCUGUCCAAACAAAUUUGGAGGAAGGGAAACAAUUGCUUUCAAGCUUGAUAAAGUGAAUAAUAAUUCCGUGUUCAGAGAGUACCAGCCUGAUUCCAUUAACUCCUCUCCAACAAAGCUUGUAAAGUUGACAUUGUCAGAUAAGGCAUCCUCAAAGCUAGAUGACAAGCUUAACACCUGUCAUGAGGAAUUAGUAAAUGGAAAAAUCCUCACAGAGAUAUAUGAUUUGCAAAUCAAUGAUCUAGAUAUUAAAUUCAACAAUGGAAAGCUGGAGACCAAUAAGGCAGCUGAUAAACAAGCAUGUUCACCCAAAAGCGCGACCCCAGAAAAUUAUGCAAAAUCAACUGCAGUUUGCAGUGUGACCACUUCAGCUUCAUUUUCUGAACUGUUGGAGGCAUCAGCAACAGCUGGCAGAGAAGAAGCUGAUCAGAAAUAUGAAUUCCUCCAAGAGUCUUCUCAAUUAGAAGAACCUGAGUCAAACAACACCACUAGUAUAUCAGAAGAAGCCACAAUGGAGAAAUGGAAACACAAGAGGCUCUGGUACUUAUUACAGAAGCACAUGAUCUCAAGUAGCACUGAAGGUGGAACACAAUCACUUCUUGAGGAUGUUGAGAACAAGGACCAAGGGGAUGAAGUCAACGUCUUGCUUGAAAUGGAAAAUGCAGGUUCUUGCAAGGAUUCAUCAGAAUUGAACCAGGAAACAAUAAUUGACAACAAAAAUGGAAGCAGCCAAAAAUUGAAUGUGAUCAGAUUGAAGCCAUAAAGCUCAUUGAACAAGCAAUUGAUGAAAUUCAGCUCCCAGAAAUUAAAGAUGGCUUGCCUGAUGAUCAAUCAAUUACUGGUAAUGUGAAUCCAGAAAUGGUGACCAAAAAGAAACAUGGUGAAGAUGGGAAACUUUUCAUCUUGACCACCACUUCUAAUGCAGAAGAUACCACAGUAUUAAAGUUGGGAAAUAAAUCUAUGCCACAAAUGCAGAAUAACUGGAGCAAUCUGAAAAAACUGAUCCUCCUUAAAAGAUUCAUCAAGUCAUUAGAAAAGGUGAGGAAGUUCAACCAACGAGAGCCACAAUAUCUGCCCCUGGACCCCAACUCUGAAGCAAAAAUUGUUCAUCUAAGGCAUCACAGCACAGAAGAAAGAAAAAAAGCUGAGGAAUGGAUGCUUGAUUAUGCACUUCAACAAGUUCUUGCUAAACUAACUCCAGCUAGGAAAAGAAAAGUGGAGCUGCUUGUAGAAGCGUUUGAAACAGUCACUCCCACUUUGGAAGUUAAAAAUCAUCAAUGGCAUAGUGUGGCAGCCUCUCCUCAUGCAAAACUCAUACUUGCCUAAAUUAUGGAUUCAUUAGGAAUAGCCGGCAGUUCGUUGAAAGUCAUCUGAAAGGGCUUUGUACUGCUAUUCUAAAGAAAACGAUCAAGAGAAACCUCAGGAGAGAAACACUAUGCUUUUAUCCAUCAAGUCAUUUUGGAUAAGGCAGUGAAGGAGAUAGAUGCCAGACAUAAUCCAAUAGAGACUAAAAAUAAUACUAGAUUGUGAUCUUUUAUAAAUUACAACUGUUAAGCCAACGUGCUGUAUGAGAAUAAAUAGGAAAGCUACUACAUUGUUUUAUUUGUGGAAGAAUUCAUGACGCUUUACAAUAUAUACCAUGUAUAGACUAUAGGAGUUUCUUGUGCAUUUUAAAUUCUCUAUAUAAAUUUGUACUUGUGGAGAGUUCAUUGUCCUUUACAAUAUAACAUGGCAUAGAUUAUAUAAGUUUCUGGAGUAUUUUAAAUU